AUGAAUACAUUUCAAACCCCUCCGCCGGCUAUACCUACGUCCCAACCUCCUGCCGGCCUGAACGGCAACCAGAUGAUCACACUGGUGAUCAUCUGCUUGGCUAUGAUACUCAUCUUUGUGGGUAUCAUAACUUGUUUGUGUUUUGGGCGUUUGGCGAGAGUCAAGCGCCACGCCGAUGCGGAGAGCGGCGCCCUCGAAUUUGCGAUCUGUCAGUCGAAGUGGAAAACACUGUUCGAAUUCGGCCCGAUUUUGCUGUUGCCAUGCAGGGUCUUGUGCGGCUGGGGCAAGCCCGAAAAGCCCAAGCCAAACAUUAUCUUGCAGCGGCCAUUGGCUGAAGAGGCAGGAGGAGCUGAGGGAGCUGGCACAAGCUCUCGACCUAUUGAGUGGUCCACUGAGACUGCAAACUUCACCGUAAUUCCUUCGGGGUAUCGGAUCGUUGACAUUUGGACACGCACUCACCACUCCCACGCCGGCGCACAGAAUGCCCAAGGGAAUGCUACCAGUUAG